AUGGUCAAAGCAAAUUGUGAUGGUGCCUAUUUUAAGCAAACAAUGCCAGGAGGUUUUGGAUGGGUGAUUCGGGACUUUACAGGUUGGAUUAUGCAAGAGGGUGGUCAAGGAGAUAUUCUUUAUGGGUCGGCUCUCAUGGCAAAGAUGGAUGCUAUAAGGGCAGUUUUGUUUGCUUGUCAACAAGGGGGUUUCUCUCGGGUGGUGGUGGAGUCUGAUUCCCAAGUUACCAUCAAGAUGGUGAAGAGGGAGAGGGUGGUGCUUGUGGAGGUAGAUAUUAUUCUCUUCAACAUCCAGACCGCGAUUCGAGAAUUCCAGGAAGUAAUUUUUAUUUUUGCACCUCGCAGCUUCAACAAAACUACUCACGAGGUUGCAACUUUUGCGUAUAAGUCGAGCCACCAAAAGCAUAGAAUGGUCAAAGCAAAUUGUGAUGGUGCUUGGUUUGAGCAAACAAUGCGGGGAGGUUUUGGAUGGGUGAUUCGGGACUUUACAGGUUGGAUGAUGCAAGCGGGUGGUCAAAGAGAUAUACUUUUUGGUUCGGCUCUCAUGGCAAAGAUGGACGUUAUAAGGGCAGUUCUAUUUGCUUGUCAACAAGGGGUUUCUCUCGGUUGGUGGUGGAAUCUGAUUCCCAAGUUGCCAUCAAGAUGGUGA